AUGCGGCUCCGGCAGGGCCAGCUGCUGGCCGUGCUGUGCCUGGGCGUUGCCUGCCCCCUGCUGUGGUACGCGGCGUGUCCGGGGAGCCGAGACAAUGACCUAGCCAUGUAUCAAAGCCAGUUUCUGGAACUGCGUCAAAGACUACUGUAUGCUGAAAAAGAAAAUAAAAAAAGAUCCCGUGAACUGAGUAGUGCCCUAGAUGAAAUUAAACGCAUAGUCGCAAAAAGAAUGAACUUGACAACAAAUCAUACAGAUGAUGAGAAAGUAUUAAACCUCACCAGGAAACUCCCCCUGCACCUUACAAACAUGUACUACUACCUACCUCAUCUUCGAGAAUAUGAAGAUGCCAUUUUUCCAAAUGUUAUUGUUGGGCAACAGAGAACUGGAGUCUCAUUGGUGGUGGGUAUUCCUACUGUGAAAAGGGAAAAACAAAGUUACCUGAUGACUACGCUGCAUUCCCUGUUCUAUGAACUUUCUGAAGAGCAAAAGAAUGACUGUGUAAUAAUCAUCUUUAUAGCAGAGGUCAAUGAAGAAUAUGUUAACAGUGUUGCAGAAAGUGUUAAAAGCAGUUUCCCCAAAGAAAUCCAGUCUGGAGUCCUAGAGAUCAUUUCUCCUCCUGCUUCUUAUUAUCCAGAUCUUUCCAAUCUGAGGAAAACAUUAGGAGAUUCGGAGGACAGAGUAAGGUGGAGAACGAAACAGAAUUUGGAUUAUAGCUUUUUAAUGCUAUAUGCCCAUCCUAAGGGAACAUUUUAUUUACAGUUGGAAGAUGAUAUUAUAGCCAAACCUGAUUAUAUUCAAAGUAUAAAAAACUUUGCGGCUGAACAGUCCCAAGAGUGGAUGAUUCUUGAGUUUUCCCAGCUUGGAUUUAUUGGAAAAUUGUUUAAAUCAGAAGACUUGCCACCCAUAGUGGAAUUUUUUCUAAUGUUCUAUAAAGAUAAGCCCAUAGACUGGCUUCUGGACCACCUGCUCUGGGUCAAAGUGUGCAAUCCAGAAAAAGAUGCAGUACAUUGUGAAAAGGAAAAGGCAAAGAUACGUAUCCGUGCUAAACCAUCUCUCUUUCAGCAUAUGGGAAUUCAUUCAUCAUUGUCUGGGAAGAUACAGAAUUUGAAAGAUAAAGAUUUUGGCAAUAAUGUGCUAUAUAAAGCACAUAAUAAUCCACCUGCAAAAGUGUAUACAAGCCUAAAAGUAUACCAGCAAUAUACCUUGGAAAAAGUUUAUGAAGGAAAAGAUUAUUUUUGGGCUUCAGCUCCAGUAACUGGGGACUAUAUCAGAUUCACCUUUUUAAAGCCACUAAAGGUAGAAAAGUACUACUUUAGAAGUGGAAACAUAGAGCACCCUGGUGAUAUACUAUAUAACACUACUGUGGAAGUUUUGCUAGCUGAUGAAGCUGAAAGAAAAGAAUUGCUUGACAAUGGAAGUAAACUUAACUACCCAGCAACCAAAGAUGGAUAUUUAAAAAUAGGGGCUUUUGAAAAUGGAAUUGCAGAAGGCAACAUCAGUCUGCCGGAAAAAAUACAGGCUAUUCGUUUGUCAGUCAAUUCUGAUUCUCCUGUGUGGGCAAUACUUAGUGAGGUACUUAUCAAGACAUCCGAAAACUGA